CUUCAGAAUCCACUUCAGAGAUCACAAAAAUGUUCUCUACACUUUAUAAAUCUUCCCCCGUCAAAAAGGGACAACAAUCAGUCGCUAUACACGUCCGGGCAGAGGUCGCCGAGCACGUCGUCAGCAAGGCGAUCCAAGACGUCCGAUUAGAAAAGUUUUGGGAACUUCUCGACCUCAAAGACAGGAGACUUGAGUUCGAGGAAGACUAUAAAGGCAUUCAUCACAAGAAAAACGGGUGCUUUGUCGAGUUUCUGAACAAGCUGAGCAGCCUCGUCCAUAAGAAAUUCGAAGAACAGGAACCGAUAUACUUUGUCAAAUGCGAAAACAAACCCAGCCCCCAUCCAACGGAAUCCUCCUGCCGGCCAGAUUUUGUGGCAAUAAGAAAGUCCCGUGACGAGGCCUGGGAAGACAAAACAGUCUCUCAGAUAUUCAAAGAUCGUGAAUGGAGCCACUUCGAAGCGACUGGUGAAAUUAGGUCUGCAGGCAAGACUCGUGAUGAGGCUCACCUGCAAGCGGCCUCCUACACCAAUUAUCUACUUCAGGCCCGCCCUGAUUUGACUCACGUCCUUGGCAUUUAUGUUGAGGAAGGUGGUUUUCGUCUUGCUCUUAGCAAUCCAUGCGGUAUUGCCUAUCUGAACCCGCUCGGCUGGAGAAAUAAAUCCGCUAGUGCGAUCUUAUGUGCCUGGUUAACCCGUCUAUACGAUCCAUUCAAGGAUCCGAUUAUCACUCGAAUUGCUGGACCUGACGAUGUAACGUUCAGCCUUCGCAUAGUAGACACGACAUAUGAGGGAUGCAGGUUGAUCAAUACGGGCAUAGCUUUCGGAAGACGCACCACCAUCUUUGAGGGGCCGGAUACCGACACCGAAGACGACAUUGUGAUCAAGAUCCAAUAUAUUGAGACUGACCGAAGAUUCUCAGAACCGGCUACUUUGAACCAUAUUCAUGACCAAGUUCCGUUUCCGGGCGUGGUCCGAAUCAAAGCUCAAACUACACCCUUUCAAGAAGCCGACAAGGUUAUCGUGAAGUUGGAAAUAUCAGAAAACGAAUCGGACGGUACAAUCACAACGAGGACAGAGACAAGGCACAGGACUUGCUUGGUGAUGGUGGAUAGAGGGAUGUCUUUGAUGACUGCGGAGACACCACAGGCCGCAUUGAUUGCGAUCUACGAUUUAUUAGAAGAACGGUCGACCUUUCAUCGCGAUAUUAGCGAAGGGAAUGCCCUAAUUAGAUCGAAGCCAUCAAUUGCCACAGAGGCAAUGGAGAAAAAGUUCAAAGAAAUGCAUUUUGCAACAUCGUUACUGGGAGAGUAUGGACCUGAUCCAAAGGCCAGAAGACUACAAACGCCGUUACUUCUAAUCGACUUCGAUAUGGGAGAGGUUCUAAAAGAUGAGACCGAAGGCGAACCUAAACCUCGGACGACAAGCAAGUAUCUCGAAGAUGAAAUCCUCCUAGAACAAUUUCAGCAUGAGCUGCGUUACGACGCCGAAUCUGUCUUCUGGUUAUUGUUAUGGUGGGCUAUCCAAGCAAAGCCAGACGUCCAAGGAUGGGAAGGUGAUUGCAUCAAAAUGACACACUGGAACGCCUUAACGGGAGUGAUUGAUAAGGAUGAUUUACGGUUCUAUUAUAUUGAGCCAUUUCCUGAAGAAGUCUUGCAUCCUGCCUAUCAGCCUCUGGAGACGCUUCUCAGGGCAAUGGGUCGACAAUUAGCUGGCGAUCAUGGGCUUAUGGAAAGCCGAAGGGAUCCUGAAUACCUCCACGAGUCGUUUCAACGACUCGUCUUCGACUUUCUUUGUGAACAUGGCAGGAAGAAUAGCGACUUCUUUAUCCUGAAAAAAAGUCGGCAUCUACGUGAAGUGCAAAAGGCCGAAACGAUGAACCAACCCAAAGUCACAGGAUCCAAGGCAGGGCAGGACUCCAAAGCCAGUCGUAGCCAAGCUGACUCUUCGGUUACCAAAAGAGGACGUGAGCCCAAAGAUGAUGAACAAGUGGACGAGGAAAAGAUGGAGCAUGGAGAAACACACUGCAGCUACGGUUAUUCUUGGGAAACUAUUCAGAGGCCUAUCGAAGAUGAUAUCCAAAUCUUGUGCAGCGACUGUAUCAGCUGGACUUUCGAGGCAGAUUUUGUGACUCGUGCGAAGGGAUUACUGGAUACAGACUUGACUUCUGGUCUAUUUAUAGGUAUAGAGAGACUGUUUUAUGGUCCAGCCCACCAGCCCACCAGCCCACCUCGCCACAUCUUACCUCCAACCACCAUGUCUGUAGCUUCAGAAUCCACUUCAGAGAUCACAAAAAUGUUCUCUACUCUUUAUAAAUCUUCCCCCGUCAAAAAGGGACAACAAUCAGUCGCUAUACAUGUCCGGGAGGAGGUCGCCAAUCACGUCGUCAGUAAGGUUAUCGAGGACGUCGACCUAGCAAAGUUCUGGGAGCUACUUGACCUCCAAGACAAGAUAGCUAUCUUUGAGAAGAUUUCCAAAGGCAUUCGUCGCAAGAAUAACGAGUGCUUUGUUGAGUAUCUAAACGAGCUUAGCGGCAUCGUCCAUAAGAAAUUUAAAGAGCAGGAACCGAUAUACUUUGUCAAAUGCGAAAACAAGCCCAGCCCCCAUCCGACGGAGUCCUCCUGCCGGCCAGAUUUUGUGGGAAUAAGAAAGUCUCGUGACGAGGCUUGGGAAGAUAAAACGGUCUCCCAAAUCUUUAAAGACCGUGAAUGGAGCCAUUUUGAGGCGACUGGCGAGAUCAG